AUGGGACACUCAGCUGUGCUCCUCGCCGUGGCUCUGGCCAUCCUCCUGGCCUGUGGGACUGGGGCUCCGGUCCAAAGGCAGCGCAAGUUACUCCUCGUAUCCUUUGAUGGCUUCCGCUGGAACUAUGACCAAGACGUGGACACCCCUAACCUGGACGCCAUGGCUCAAGAAGGGGUUAAAGCUCGAUACAUGACUCCUGCCUUUGUGACCAUGACCAGCCCUUGCCACUUUACAAUCGUCACUGGCAGAUACAUUGAGAACCAUGGGGUUGUCCAUAACAUGUUCUACAACACCACCACCAAGGUGAGGUGGCCUUACCACACCACGCUCGGAAUCCAGAGGUGGUGGGACAACGGCAGCAUACCCAUCUGGAUCACAGCCCAGAGGCAGGGCUUAAAAACUGGCUCCUUCUUCUACCCUGGCGGGAACGUCACCUACCAAGGAGAGGCCGUGACAAUGAGCCGAAAGGAAGGCGUCUUCCACAAUUACAAAAAUGAGACGGAGUGGAGGGAAAAUGUGGACACUGUGAUGAAGUGGUUCACGGAGGAGGAUGCGGCUCUGGUUACUCUCUACUUCGGGGAGCCAGACUCCACCGGCCACAAAUACGGCCCUGAGUCCCAGGAGAGAAAGGAUAUGGUCAAACAGGUGGACAGGACUGUGGGCUAUCUCCGGGACAGCAUCACGCGCCACCGCCUCACGGACAGCCUUGACCUGAUCAUCACAUCGGACCACGGCAUGACAACAGUCCACCAGAAAGCCAGCGACCUAGUCGAGUUCCACAAAUUCCCCAACUUCACCUUCCAGGACAUCGAGUUCGAGCUGUUAGACUACGGGCCCAACGGGAUGCUGAUCCCCAAGGAAGGGAUGCUGGAGAAGGUAUACAGUGUCCUCAAGGAUGCCCACCCCAGGCUGCAUGUAUACAAGAAGGAAGACUUCCCCAAGAGCUUCCACUACGCCAACAACUCCAGGAUCACCUCCCUGCUCAUGUACAGUGACCUCGGCUACGUCAUCCACGGGAGAAUAAAUGUCCAGUUCAACAAGGGUGAGCAUGGUUUCGACAACCAAGACAUGGAUAUGAAGACCAUCUUCCGUGCUGUGGGUCCCAGCUUCAAGUCAGGCCUGGAGGUGGAGCCCUUUGAGAGUGUCCACGUGUAUGAGCUCAUGUGCCAGCUGCUGGGCAUUGUGCCAGAGCCCAACGAUGGUCAUCCUGGCACCCUGCAACCCAUGCUCCAAUCAGGGUCUGCUCUCCCACUCAGCGGUCAGCUCCACUUGAUGAUGGUGUUGAUGGGGAUCCUAAUGGUUCUGGCCAAUACAUAA